CACCAAGCGCGUCGCGUUCUUCAAUUCGCUAUUUCCUCGCACUUUCUACCGCCACUACGUUUCGUUUUUUGAAGCCGCCAAGUCGAAAACUUUCCUCAACAGCCUCAGCAUUGUAUCUAUGAGAGUGGCCUCUGAGUGUGCAUGUGUGUAUCUGUGUGCUAGUAUCCGUGGCUGUUUGUGUUUGAAUUACAUUUAUAAUUACGUUUAAUCUGUCGAUUACGUGGAAUCGACCGCCUUCCCCCAAAAACUACAACAACAAGAGCCAACAAUAGUCAAGGAUUUAAACCGCAAACGGAAUGUGUGAAAGAUCGAAUUGAGGCCCAAAACCGGAUAAGACACGUUCCCCCAAUUACCUGCCACCCAGUGACCGUAUAAGCCACUUGGCCAGAUCGAAGGACCUAACCCAGACCCAGACCCAUCUACAAAGCCCGAAAACACGUCCAAGAGAAACUAAAGCCAUGGGCAAGAAGAACUCCAAAUUGAAGCAGGACACCAUCGAUCGCCUGACAACAGACACAUAUUUUACCGAAAAGGAAAUCCGUCAAUGGCACAAAGGCUUUCUCAAAGACUGUCCCAAUGGUUUGCUGACCGAACAAGGCUUCAUCAAAAUCUAUAAGCAAUUCUUCCCCGACGGAGACCCCAGCAAGUUUGCCUCGUUGGUCUUUCGCGUCUUCGACGAGAACAAUGACGGAGCCAUCGAAUUCGAGGAGUUUAUCCGAGCACUUUCCAUUACAUCACGCGGAAACUUAGAUGAGAAAUUGCAUUGGGCCUUCCGACUCUACGAUGUGGACAACGACGGCUAUAUUACUCGCGAGGAGAUGUACAACAUAGUGGAUGCCAUCUACCAAAUGGUGGGCCAGCAACCUCAGACGGAGGACGAGAAUACGCCCCAGAAGAGAGUGGACAAGAUCUUCGAUCAGAUGGACAAGAAUCACGAUGAUCGCCUCACCCUGGAGGAGUUCCGCGAGGGCAGUAAGGCUGAUCCACGUAUAGUGCAGGCAUUAAGUUUAGGUGGUGAUUAACCGCAGGACCUAUAGUCCUGCCCCAAAGCAGGGUCAGCCAGGAAAGGGUCAGGGACAGGGACAGGGACAGGGGCGGGUGCGAUGGGGGGCAGGGAGGAGCGAUAGUGACGAGUGAUACGAGACAACGAAUUCCACUGAAAAACCUUCCAAAAAAAAAAAAAAAAAUGGCCUGAAAAUCGCCUCGAAAUCGAAUCGAAAACACACACAUAUGUACUAUAAAAUGCCAUUUCCCCCAAAGAAAAAAAAGAAUUAAUUUUGGAGGGCACUACCCUAUGUUAGCCCCCAAAAGAAACAACCACCCACCCCUUCGAAGAGUUUAAAGUGAAAUUCCAACUAAUAGAAAAAUUAAAAAUAAAAAUGUUUACAUAAUAUUUCAAUUAACAAAAGCCAAAAACAAAUUAUUAGAAAGCAAAACCAAACAAAAAAAACACUGAACACCAAUUUAAAAACAAAAAAACCAUAAAUUAUGAAUAAAUAUAGGUAUUUGAAGAACAAAUAUAGAAAAAAUAUGCAUUAAAUAUUAGGCAUUCGAGGCAUUUUUAUUGAAAUGCUUGCCAAGCCCUUUGGGAAAAAAACACUAUCGAUAGUUGCUGCCGAUAGUGCGAUAGUUAUUCAAUUGGAUUUAAUUUUUUUUCAACUAAAAAAAAAAGAAAAUCGUUUUUAAAAAGCUAUUUAAACUUUAUGCUGAUACCUAUACUUAUACAUAUAUAAAUAAAUAAAGAUAUAUACCGAUACUGA